AUGUCUCAACAAAGUGAACAUUUAGAUUUUUCUGGCUUAUUUAAAUUAGAUGUUUUGGUGCAACUUGAUAUUGCUAGCCACAGUUUUUACGAAGUUGGUUUGAAGAAAUUUUUAGCUUUAUCAAGUAACAAGGAGUUGGUGUUUUUAUAUAUUAAUUCUCAAUCUGAAAGGUUUGACAAUGUGUAUGAUUGGGACUUUGUAGAUAAUCCAGUUUUUUGCAUGUGUUUUGAACCAAGUGGCACUUGGGUAUUGAUUGUUAGUGAUCAGAAAAUUUUGCUUGUACCUUUUUUGCCAAGAUUUAUACCACAGAAUACAUUUGACUGUAAAUGGUCACUGUCAAGUGUAACAGUUCUACCACUUCUUGAGAUACCACAGCCAAUAUCGGUUGUAUGGUGGUUAACUAAAGAAUCGGAAAACAUUGUUGUUAUUGGCUCAAAGUCUGGAUCAAUAUUUUUUUAUUCAUUGGAAUCACAAAUCAUUGUUGGAGAAACAAAAGUUCCAGGAGAAAUUGUUGAUUUGCAGAUUUGUUUUGAUGACUCUCUUGACUUGCUUGCUCUUUUGAUAUCAAAAGGUCCAAAUCAACAAUGGAAACUGGUACUGGAACACAGGUCGUUUGGUUAUAACUGGCUACAGCAAAUGCGAGUACAAAAUGAUAGAGAGAAGAAAGAUGGUUUCAUGUCAUACAUUAAACAGCUUUCCAAAGAUAAAAUUACAUUUUUUACCCAAGGAGGAUCUAAAGAUGAGAACAAGACACAAACAGUGGAAUACGUAUUAAAGCCUAUUGAAUAUUUGCCUAACUUUCGAAAAAAUUCUAAUAGCUGGGCUUUGACUGCACAAUAUGUCACUGGCCGACAUUUUUUAACAGCUUUUGAAUUAAACGAAGGAAUUAUUAUUUUAGAAAGUCCUGCUGAUGACACUCCAUCAAGAACUCUCAGACCUCAAAUAAAGAAAGACAGUCAAUAUAUUCAAGGCUUAUGGUCACAAAGAUUGAUAUACCUUCUAAGAAAAAAUCAAUUGGAAAUUCAUAGCGCUCAGUUUUCACAGUUUCAGGGGGAGGGAUUACUUGGUACUAAACGAGAUUUUUCUGAGCUUUGGGCGGCAGAACUGAUAGGUGAUGUUCAAAGAGCGUACUUGAUGUCUGCGAAGGAACCAUCAUCAGGUUCCGGUGGAUGGAAGGAACCGACUUUCAUGUGUGACUUGCAACUGCCUCGCUUUGUAUUGGAGCCAUGCCUUGUCGUGACGUCAUGCGGGGCUUACGUGUUUAACACUGUUAGCGAGCCGUGCGAGUGGGUGGUGGGGCUGAUCAUGCGCGGCGGCGCGGGCGCGGAGCUGUCGGCGGCGGCGCUGGGCGCGCCCGUGCCGCUGCUGCUGCGCGCCGCCGCCGACAUGCUCAUGUCCCGCGGCCGCGUCGCGCCCGCGCACUACCUCUACUCCCUGUCGCAGAGUCAACCGGAUGGUUGGGUUGCGCGUUUAGGUGUAUUUGGACGACUUCAUGAGCUAUCAAUGUACAAGCCAGUUGGGAAUGUGGGUAGUCUCGGCAAUGCUGCUAUCGCAUCCAAAUUGCUUGCAUUACUACUAAAAAUAGGGACCAACAGUGAAGAGAAUUUUGACAUGGAUGUUAAGUUCACAUCACUAACUACGGUGGAACUUCAAGAGUUGACGUCUAUAGCCGCUGCCAUAGGGCUGUGGGAGUUAGUUCCAGUGUUCAGUAUCCAUAGAGGAUAUCCCAACUUACUUCUGAAUGCUAUUAAAUCUAAGAAUGAUAUCUGUCGAGGCGCAAUUUUAUGCAUCUUGAAAGAACAAUGUCUCGUCCCGAUACUCUUGGAGGAAAAUGGCCAAUGGUUUUUCGAUUUUAUCGCUGAGAAAUGCAAUAAAUUUGACACUAUAAUUUUAAAGCGUUUAUGUUUAUGGUUGAACCCUUUGCAAGACCAGUUGCGGCCAGUGAUGCGAGAUUUGAAACAAGGAAUUACGUCAAUUUAUGCAACAAGAAUGCUGCAGUUGAUAGCAACAUUCGUGCACGUCGCAAGCGCCAUCGAAUCCCGACAGCCGUGUCUAGACAUACACACGGACAUUACACAAAAGGCGGAAACAUGGAAGAACCAGUUCACCCCGCGCCGGGCCGUGGCGUGUGGGCUCGCGCACUGGGCGGUGGCGGACGACGGCGGCGCGCGCGUGGCGGCGGCCGACACCGCCGUCGACACCGAGCUCACCGGCAUGGUCAUAGACGUCGCGUGCGGCCGCCACCACACGCUGCUGCUCACUGAGAACGGGAUAUACGCAGCGGGCGAUAACUCGUUCGGGCAGCUGGGGCUGGGGCGCGCGUGGGCGGGCGCGGCGGGCGACGCGGCGCGCGCGGGCGGCGCGCCGCGCCUCGUGCGCCGCGCCUGGCCCGCGCCGCUGGCCGCCGUCGCCGCCGGGCACUACCACUCCGCCGCCGUCGACGUCGGCGGCCGCCUCUACACUUGGGGUUGGGGUGUACACGGACAACUGUGUCUGGGCAAUAUCGACGAUCAGUACAUUCCUCAACUUGUCACAAAGUUUCAAGGAAGGAAAGUGCUGUCGGUGGGGUGCGGCGCGUGCCACACGGUGGUGCUGAUGAAGAACGGCGAGGUGUGGGCGAGCGGCGCCGGCGCCUUCGGGCAGCUGGGCGGCGCCGCGCGCGACAAGAGCGCCGCGCCCGUGCGCGUGCCGCUCGCUGACGUCGCCGCCGUCGCCGUCGGCUACUUCCACAAUUUGGCGCUAACAACAAAAGGCCAGCUAUGGUGCUGGGGCGCGAGCCCGCAGCAGGUGCGCGCGGCGCACGCGCGGCGCGCCGCCGGCCCGCCGCCGCUCGCGCCCGCGCCCGCCGCCGGCCCCGCAGUGGACCCGCAUCUAACGCCACAGCUGGUGGAUCUGAGGAAUGUGAGGGGGAAGAUUGCUAGGAUAUCAGCCGGCUGGCAUCAUUCUUGUAUCAUAAAUAAUGCAGGGACACUGUACUCUUGGGGACUGAAUUUUGAUGGACAGCUUGGAAGUGGCGAUCGUAAACAAGUUCAUGUACCGACAGAAGCGAAAUUUAAAACUGACGCACCACCAGACAAAGGCAACAAGUCACCGGAUAAGGAAAUAGCUGAUAUGAAAACUAAAGCGCUCGUCGCUUGCGGGGGGGACUUCACAAUAUUCAUAGAUGACGAUGGACGGGUGUAUGCUACUGGCAAUAUGCAUUUACAGAGUAAUAAUGAAAAAGAUAAACCGAACAACCGCGUUAUAAUGAUGAAGACAACAAAACGCGUCAUAAAGAUACCAGCGAGUCGAAGUAAUAAUAAAUUUGUAUUUCACCAAAUCGACUCUAUUCAUAUCAUGUUCCCCUUCGACAUUGACGGCAUCGAGAGGAAACCAAUAGAACCGAGGCUGAACCCACUAAACUCACUCGCUGAUUUCAAGAAGAAAUCCUGGGCUGACGAUAUAAUAUUACUGUUAAAACCAUGGAUAAAUGAAGAAGACCUUUCUGGAAAUCUAAAUAUGGCGGCCAAAUUGGCCUAUCACAGAAAAAUGUACUCAGAUUGUCUUAAGUUAAUGCUGGACAAUCUAAAACUUGGCAUCCAAGAUGACCAGUUCUACGUGACGCAUCAAGAUCAAGAUGAUGAAAAUAUUUCGAGGAAAAAAGAUGAACUUAAAAUAGUUAUCACAAACAUUAUGUCCAAACGAAUCAAAGAUAUAUCGAUGUCGAUCCUAAACGAGGAACCUUAUCCGAUAAUCGAUCCUAAUACAUAUCUAUCGAUACCCUGCUGUUGUGACGAAUUAAAGUACACAACUAAACAAAUAAUACCGAAAUCGAUUUUGAGCAUUUCUGAAAUCGAUUUAUCCGUGAGGGCUGCACAGAUAAUAGAUAAAUCUAUCAGCAUUUUCCCAAUAGAUAGCUCGCUGUGGGAAAAAUGCUUUCGAUACGCUAAAGAUUUUUUCAUCGAUAAUAGUUUACGUGUUGAUGAAUUGGAGACGGUUUUACGUAAAUAUAUGGAAAGUAACGCUAACACAAUGGCGGCGGCCAUUAUGUAUUCUAACGACUGUGCCCAAUACAGCGAGAUUUUGUCUCCGAAAUUCUACUUGAAUAUGUGCAGUGAAAUAUUAGAUACUUGGGGU